AUGGUUCCACGGAUGAAGGCAGUGCCGGUCUUGCGCCCUUCCUCUCUCUCACCGGCACUGCACGGGGUGUUGCGUGAGGCAGAGGACGCCGCCGUGGGAUCCACCGUUCUGCUGCGUCGGCCGGCUCGUGUGGCUGAGGCCGUGCGCGCUGAGCCGCCACGGCGCGCAGCGGCCGCUCAAUCCCACGGGCCACGCAAGCGCUCUCUCUCUGAGUCGUCGAAUUCCUCUUCAGUGGAGUUGAAGCGGCAUCGCACAGAGAAGCGGCCAGCCAUGGGUGAGGCUAGUGCCAGUGGGAGCUGCCCAACGAUGUUCAAGGGCCUCGCGGCGAUCCCAGUGAGUGAGGAUCUUUUUGAGGGCGCGUCGGCGAGUUUUGAGAAGGCCCCACGGCGCAGGUGCUUUCAGCCAUCGUGGUCGCUGAUUGGAACAUUCAAGACUGACCUGCACUCCGUUGUGGAUGCAGACCCGCAUCACGACGCACUGAGAUGGUAUCAGCAAACACCUAACGGCGAUUUUCAGAAGAUGCGUGUCCCGCUCCUCUCCAUAAAGGACGUCCGUGUCGUGAGUGGGGAUGCGCAGGACGCCGGCGCACACUGGGCGAUAGUGCGGACUUCGACGAGGCCUUCGCAAAUUGUCUUUGGCUUUGAAAAACUAUCGGACGCACGGCGGAUGAAGUCCGCACUAGAGGAUUCACGGGUUUCUUAG